UGACGUUUGAAAUUGUCAUUCUACACUCCAUCACGUGAUGUCGCGUCACAGUCUUGCACGCAAGGUUAAAUUGAUGCAGGGCGAGGCGGCGGCACUGGAAAGGAGAAUGGGGACAUGCCCGGUAACCCAUUAACCCCGGAUUGUGUCUACAUGCUGACAGGAUGCACGUCGCCGAUUUCGUGUCCGGCUCGUUGGCAGGGGCCUGUGGCAUGAUUGUGGGAUACCCUCUGGACACUGUCAAGGUCCGGAUACAAACCCAAAGACAGUUCACGGGAAUAUGGCAGUGUAUCGCCGCCACGUUUUCCAAAGAAGGGGCGCACGGCUUCUUCAAAGGCAUGUCGCUGCCGAUGGCGACCAUCUCCGUCACGUCCUCGGUGGCGUUCGGCACCUACAGGAACUGUCUGCAGUGUCUGAAGCAGGCGCGAGGGGCCGCCCACAGCCCCGGCACCAAGCCGGAGAUCUUCCUGUCGGGGUUGGUGGGCGGAAUAAUGCAGAUGUUGCUGGUCGCGCCCGGUGACAUCGUCAAAGUGCGCCUCCAGUGCCAGACGGAGUCCGUGCGGCGAGGGACCAAGCCCAAGUACCGCGGCCCGCUCCACUGUCUGCUGAGCAUCCUCAAAGAGGAGGGACUGCGGGGGCUCUACCGGGGGGCUAUGCCGCUGGCGCUCAGGGACGGCCCCGGGUUCGCCAUCUACUUUCUGACCUACAACACCGUUUGCGAACGGCUGACGGAGAGCGGAAAAGAGAAGCCAGCCUGGAGCGCAGUGAUGUUGGCCGGUGGCUUUGCGGGAAUGAUGGCGUGGUCCAUGAGCACACCUAUGGACGUGAUCAAGGCACGCCUGCAGGUGGAUGGCAUCCGGGGGAUGCGGCGCUACAGGGGGCUUGUCCACUGCAUUGAGGAAACGGUGCGCAGCGAGGGUGUGGGCCUCUUCUUCCGGAGCAUGGGCAUCAACUGCCUACGCGCCUUCCCCGUCAACAUGGUGGUGUUUGUCACUUACGAGGUUUUUACCGGCCUCCUGCAGGCCGCGCCCGACGGCACCGCACCCCCUCCGGUGGGCUUGGAAUAAGAGCACGCAUCCUCUUGACUGUUUAAGGCAGGGGUUCUUAAACUUUUGGGUCCAGAGAACCCUCACAGGUGAGAACUUUUUCCAACAACCCCCUCAUAAUCGCAAUGCCAAUCACACAUGAAGUACGUUGUGUACGUGAAUGACAAGAAUUUAAAAAGUUGGCAGUUUUGGAGAGGAAAAGUUGGUUAAAAAUCCAUAUUUUUGGAGAGAAAAACUUGCAAGGUUAUGAGAAUAAAAAUGUAUUGGGAAAAAAAUGGUAUUUUGGUAGUGUAAAAAGUUGUAAUUUUACAAGAACUAGAUAGUUAUAUUAUCAUUUUGAAGUAUAUAAAACCUCUUUUGUUCCUCAAAAAUAGGACUUUAUUUCUGUAAUCCAUCCAUCCAUUUUCUAUACCGCUUAUCCUCACUAGGGUCGCGGGCUGCUGGAGGCCAUCCCAGCUAUCUUUGGGCGCAUUCCUGCAAUGCCUUUUCUAAUAAAAAAAAAAUCAGCUGGUGAUACAUUAUAUCAUAUCAGAUUUGAAUUGGCUCCAAGUUAAGAUUAAUGAGUUGAUUGUUUUUCUUUUAUUGGCACAACGCAACCUGUUGAUAUAAAAUGUCGACACACCCAUGUUGAAAGGUCAGGUUUUUGAGAUAUUGGGGAAAAAAUGAGAAAAAGACCUGAACUUUACCACUUAUCACCAGAGCAUCUUACCUGCAAGGUGGUGGCAGCAUCAUGCUUUGGGUGUGUUUAUCUUCCGCUGGACCUGCAGCCAUAGAUAAAGUGGAGGGAAUUACGAACAGUUCCAAAUAACAGUUAGUGUUGGCACAAAACUUCUAGAAAGUGUUUUAUAUAUACAGAAAGAGCAUACUAGAAUGUCUGAACUUUAUUUGGGGUUAAUCAGAAGUGCUUUCAAUGGCGGCAGGUGUGUGGUGACUCCCAUUUACCAUGAAUUUAAAUGUAAUUGGUUGAUUCGGAACACAGGCACAUCAUCAGAUAUAGAAGGGUGUGCGCACUUGUGCAACCCCAUUGUCUCAGUUGGUUUUGAAAUGCUUCAUCUUGCUCCAAUUUAUUUUUAUAUCUCAAAGUCCUGGCAUUCAAACAGGGGUGUGUUGACUUUAUAUAUUUUACUUUUUUUUUUUUUUUUUUUUAAUGAUUGAGCAUAAUUUAUUACAAAUAAUUUAGCAGACCCCAUUUUAAGUUAGACCCUCAGAAGUUGAACACAAUGUCAAUUAAAAAGAAAAAAAAUCCCAUUAGAAUUCAACUGAUUUUGGUAUAUAGGUAAUGUUUUAGAAGCUCAUUGUCAUGUAAGUGCAAAAAAAUAAAUAAUAAUAAUAAUACAUGGGUAACGGGUAGAAGUAGUAAAACCCCCAAAACAUAUAUUGCACAUGUUUUGUACCAUCCAUCCAUCCAUCUUCUUUACCGCUUCUCCUCACUAGGGUCGCGGGCUUCUGGAGCCUACCCCAGCCAUCUUCGGGCAGGAGGCGGGGUACACCCUGAACCGGUCGUCAGCCAAUCGCAGGGCACAUAGAAACAAACAACCAUUCGCACUCACAUUCACACCUACGGGCAAUUUAAGAGUCUUCAAUCAACCUACCACGCAUGUUGUUGGGAUGUGGGAGGAAACCAACGCAGGCAAGGAGAGAACAUGCAAACUCCACACAGGCGGGGCCGGGGAUUGAACCCCGGUCCCCAGAACUGUGAGGCGGGUGUGCUAACCGGUCUUCUACCGUGCCGGCACGUUUUGUACCAUAUUAAAAACAAAAUCUGAAGAUAAUCUAAAAUGUUUCAAAUUCUGAGGGUCCACGUUUUGUUGUUUGUUUACUUAUACACUGUGUGUUAAAUAUGUGACUAUAUCACGGAAGCUCGGGUACAUUUACUUCAUUGUUAGGCUAAAGUUAAGAAAUAGUCACCUGUGGCCUGUAGAUGGCGCUCCUGGCCAGCUAAUUGUAGCCCAAGGCUGGUAAGAACUGCAAAAAAAAAAAAAGGUGCAACACCGCACAUUACCAUGCAUAUUUUAUUAAUUGACUUUUAUUGCACUUUUAUUGAUAAACUGUGUUUUAAAAGUCUCACAGGCCUAUCAGUGUGGGAUGUUUUUCCUAAUAUGAUUGCUGCAUUUAUUCAUAAUUUGACAAUAAUGUGUGCCUUGAGUUAUAAAGGUGAUUCAUUAAGCUGUGUCAUAGGCAAGCGGGGGGUGGCUUGUGAAAUUUUUAACUUGCAAGGUCACACUUGUG